GAAAGUGAGGAAAUGUUCCCAGACUUCCGGGUCGUCAUUAUGAUACGUCACGGUCUUGACCCUGCAAAAAGCUUCGUCAUCUCACAGAACAGCAGCGAAGAGGAGGUCUCCUGUCCGUGCUUGUGAUCGGUGAAAACACAAUAGGUUGUUCAGCAUCAUGAGUCAGCGGACGGAGCGACGGGGUAUACAUGUGGACCAAUCAGACCUACUGUGCAAAAAGGGAUGCGGUUACUAUGGUAACGCAGCAUGGCAGGGCCUGUGCUCCAAGUGCUGGAGGGAGGAGUACCAGCGGGUACGGCAGAAACAGAUCCAGGACGACUGGGCCUUGGCAGAGAAGUUGCAGCGAGAGGAGGAGGCAGCAUAUGCAAGCAGUCACGGAGCACAGACGCAGUCUCAGCCUCAGUCCGCAGCUCCGCAACCUCACCCAGGACACGCCUCGCUGGGACCCUUCUCCAAGUUCGAGGAGAAGAAAACCAAUGAGAAGACUCGGAAAGUGACCACCGUUAAGAAGUUCUUCAGCCCUUCAUCACGCACUGCCCCCAAAAAAGAUUCCCAAGAAGGCAGGACACCCAGUCCGUCUCUUAGCCGCCAUGCUAGCUUCGAAACAGACCAAGUGUCCAAGGACUUUAUGGACUUCUUGAAAAACCUCCAGAAGCCGGGUCGGGAGAUCCACAAGCAGUCCCGAGCGUUUAUUGUGAACAUGUUGAGCAAAAAGGACCUGAGUGCUGACGAGCUGUCCGAGUGUGUUCAGGAUUUCUACCAGAACAUGGCCGACCGCUUGAUGAGCCACUUUAAAGGCUCUUCAGAGUCUGUGGAGCAGGUGAUGGACCAGGUGGAGAAGUUCAUCAUGACUCGACUGUAUAAGAGCGUGUUCUGUCCUGAAACCACCGACGAUGAGAAGAAGGACUUGGCCACACAGAAGAGGAUCAGGGCCUUACACUGGGUGACCAUCCAGAUGCUCUGUGUUUCUAUGGAUGAAGAAAUCCCAGAAGUGUCCGAGAAUGUGGUCAAAGCAAUAACAGAUAUCAUUGAGAUGGACUCAAAGAGGGUUCCUCGGGACAAACUUACCUGCAUCACAAGCUGCAGUAAACAAAUCUUCAGCGCCAUCAGGACUACAAAGAACGAGCCGGCCUCUGCAGACGAUUUCCUCCCUGCACUCAUUUACAUCGUACUGAAGGCCAACCCUCCACGGCUUCAGUCCAACAUCCAGUACAUUACCCGCUUCUGUAACCCCAGCAGGCUGAUGACCGGGGAGGACGGAUACUACUUCACCAACCUGUGCUGUGCUGCGGCAUUUAUUGAGAAGUUGGACGCUCAGUCACUAAACCUUUCCCCAGAGGAAUUUGAGCGCUACAUGUCUGGGCAAGCCUCUCCGCGUAUCAACAGCUCUGACGGUGAGUGGCCCGGCGCUGGCACUGCACAAGAUGUGGCUGCCACUAACCCAGUCCUGGCUCAGCUCAAUCACAACCUGGAGCUGCUGUCGGGCCUCAGCAGCCGGCAGGAGUCGGUGAUGGAGGCUGCUCAGAGCCUGCAGGCUGACCUCCUCGCCUGGCCUGUGGCUGUGCAGAAGGAGGUGCACGACAUCCUGGAGAAAUACCCUCUAGAGAUUCUGCCUCGUAAGGUUUCUGCCAUUGAUGCCAACAACAUGGACAAUGACAACCUGCCACCGCCACUCACACCCCAGGUGUUUGCUGGGUAGUGGAGUUCUAACUUCAUUUUAAAUACAGAAAGGGUACUUUUCUGCCGUCUAGAGUCAGCUCAUUUCCUGGUAUUUCAUUUUAACGGUAACACUAAUCCUGAAUAGUUUGGAGCCUUUUCUUGCUGAGCUUGUUUUGCACCUCAAACACACACCAGUAUUUAUUUCAGGAAAAUCAGAGCAUGAUGGAGAUUAGUAUGCAGGGUUAAAAUACGCCGCCUCGUUCUGUCCCUGGUUUAUUUUGACCUUCAGAUUUGGGCCUGGACUUGCAAAACUGAAAAACUUAAAAAGUCUAAAAAAAACAAAAAACAAAUCAAACUAAAAAUUGAAUAAAAUAGAAUACAAAUUGUUCCACUCAUUUAAUUUCAAUUUAUACAUAAAUAAUGUGUGCAAACAUAAACAAAUAACAUGAAAUAAUGCUUUCUUUUACUCAGUAUGUAUUUAUUAAAUAGUAUUUUAUGCUACUUUUAUUUACUUUUUAGAACUUUACAUAACUAAUCUUUGCUCAGCUUUGACAUGUUUUUAAAGAACUUCCAGUCAUGGAUCCCAUGAACUGGUCCCACUCGUACACACACUAUGCACUGACUGGUCCGUUGACUUUUCUCAAGUUUUGACUAAUUAUAGUGCUUAUCGUUUAAUAGAAGAAGUUCUGUACUUUCCUCUACUGUAGCUGUUUUUGUUUGACGUGUUUAUAGCAUCAUGGCAUUUUAAAUGGUCCGUACCGUAGAUUUGAAGCUAUCGUAGCUUAUUUAAUUUUAUAGCUCCUAUUCCAUUUUAUUUAAACUUUUUCUGUUGAAGUAAAAAUGCUUUAAAGUGGUUUGUUUUGUAGACAGUUUAAACCUUCGGUCCUAUUAGCAACCACACUGACAAGUCGGCUAACUGACUGUUGUAUGACAGCAUAGCUAGCUACUUUGGGUGCUUCAUUCAGCUUAUAGUUUAGUAAGCAUAUGAAUUAUGCUAGCAGGGUUUCCCGCCUUUUAGAUGUUAGAUGUUACUUGCUAGCUGAGGACCUAUUGUCCCAAAAGCAGUCUAAAUAAAUGUAUGUAUGUUGUCAGAAAAGGAAAACACGUUUUUUUUUAUACUGUGUUAGUUGUAAAAUAAACACUGCGCUUAAUAAUCAAAUGUAACCUGCUUACAACACAUGAACUGCAGCUGAUGUUAGCCUGCUGAAAAAACUGUGUUAGCCUUU